AAGCGUUCACGAUGGAUGAGUUAACUUCAACUUUUGAAGAAAAAUUAAAAAUUUCUGCUUUAAGUAAAUUAAAAGGUGUAAACAAUUUAAAUUUUAUGAAUUGUGUUACAAUUGGCCCUAAUGCUAAUGUUUCACAAGAUAAAGAGAACAUUAAAAUUACUAGUGUAAAAAAUGUGGAAAAAUCUAAAUCGGUUACCCAGAGAGAACCUUCUUUAUCGAAUAAUAAGCUUUACGUCGAAUUUGAAAAUUUAAGGAAGCAAAAUGUUAGGAAAGUAACUUUAGACAAAACACGCUUUUUCUUAGAAGAAGAGAAUAAAAUUAAAGAAAAUUUGAAACAAGUGAGAGAAAAAAGUGCAAAAGAAUUACAAGAACGAAUUAACCAGCAAGAUAAACUAUUAAACCACGAAAUUUUAAAAAUUGAUUUGCAAGCAAAAAAAGAAACGGCUUUAUUAGAAGAAUUACGGCGAGUGCAAGAAAAGAAACGUUCCGAAGAUGCAUUAAGAAUUCAAAAUAAGCAUUUAGAGUUACAAAGAGUAAAAUUUCUGGAUUCAUUAAUACAAUAUCAAACAGAGUUUCGCAAGGAAUUUAAUGGAAUAUAUGAAGACGAUGAAAACAAAGAAGUGAUACCAAAAUAUGAGGAAAAUUUGGUACAGUUAAAUGGAAAUAUGGAAAAAAUUCUUACAGAUUUUGAUGCUAAGAAUGGAAAUAUUUUUGUUGAAAAUGCUUACAAAAUAGUUAACAAAAUUAAAGAAAUCCGUAAAAUCAUUGGUGAAGAAUUAGAAAAUUUAAGGUUAAAAAAAUCAGAAGAAUUAAGACAAAAGGAAGAAGUAUUGAAACAACAGGAAGCGAAGAAAAUUGAAGAAGCUGAAAAAAAAGCUGCCGCUAGUGUUGAAAAUUCUGAACCAGGUGUUUAUGAGCUUGGGAAUACACAAUCAUACUAUGAAACAUAUACGGCGUAUAAGAACUUACAAGACUAUUUAAAAAAUUAUGAAGAAUCAUAUAAAAACUUAUUAAACGAUGAAAGAUAUAAAAAAUAUCGAUUUGAUUGUCAAAAAGCUAUUAAUAUGCCUAUUAAUGCGAUCACAGCUGUUAGUGGAGCUCACUUAACUGAUAAACUAAAUCGACUGAUGAGAUUUCUAUCGGGACAAACAGUUGAAGUUGCAAAUGUUCGGGUAUCUAUUGGGCAACAUCCUGAAGCUGUUGCAUAUUGUACUGAUUUAUUAGCAAAGAAGUUUGUGCGGCAAGGUGAUCUUAUGGUUUCUAGUAAUCCAAAAGCUGCUUUUCCAUUUGCCGCAGUUAUAGUGGGAUUAUGGAAUGAAUUCCCAGAUUUUGGAAAAUUGAUUCUAGCUCAUUUUCAUAAAGAAUGUGUAUAUUUGGUGCCAUUUUAUCCAGUACAGGAGGAAGGGCAAACAAAUGAAGAUUAUUAUAAAGCUCUAGGUUACCGUUAUACGGAUGGAAUUGUAGAAGAGCAUGAUAAAUUUUUAAAGCGAUUGACUGGAAUUAUACGUCUAUAUGCUGCAAUUAUAGUAACAAAACAACGUCAAGCGAAACGAAAUAUUCCAAACCCUCAUGGAUUAGAGUGUGGAUGGCGGUGGCUUGCUAGUAUAUUAAAUUUGGAACCUAGAAUUGAUGUUACGGCGACCCUUUUAUUUAAUUUUUUAGAUGUAGCUGGAAGUGCUAUGCUAAUUGCGUAUGGAAAACAAUUUAAAAAAAUUAUUUCUUAUAUAUAUGAAAUAUUUUAUCCACGAAUGAUAAAGAUUGAUUCCGGUGGACCCGUUGUACGUUUUCAUGUGUUUUUAAACAGUAUUAUUAAAAGUAAACGAAUUCAACCUCCAGAAGGGACAUUGCCUGAUAAUUUUUGGUAGCGUUGCUUUUAAAAGAAAAUUAAUAAAUUAUGUAAAUGAUAAAUAAUUGUGUA